AUGUCCUCCCUUGUCCGCCUCUUCCGCCGUGCUUCCUCUACUCUGACGGCCAACCCAACUAGUAAUAUUAACUCCACCAAAGCCGUUGUAAAAAGCCUGUACGAUGAGCGUAACCUCAAGAAAUUGGUUGAAAAGUUUAAGCAACACUCCCACUCGGACCGAUUCCGAAUGCAAAUCGGAAUCUACAGGAACACCGUCCGACGCUUGGCCUCUGCCAAACGGUUCAACUGGAUCGAAGAUAUCCUUGAAUACCAAAAACAGUUUACCCACGAUCUCUCCAAGGAAGGAUUUGCGGUUCGGCUCAUUUCCCUCUACGGGGACUCCCGCAUGUUUGACAAUGCUCAGAAGGUGUUUGAUGAAAUGCCGGAGCUAAAUUGUGAAAGAACCGUGCUGUCCGUGAAUGCCCUUUUGGGUGCCUGUGUUAGUUCCCGUAAGUUCGAUAAAGUUGAAGGGCUGUUCAGGGAGUUAACGGAGAAGUUGAACGUCAAGCCGGACGUGUUCACAUACAACACGGUGAUCAAAGCAGUGAGCGAGUUGGGCUCGCCGGAGAAAUACAUUUCGUUGAUGGAUGAGAUGGAAGAGAACGGGAUAAAGCCGGACACGAUUACGUUUAACCCAAUCCUUAUGGCGUGCUACGCAAAUGGUAAGUUCGACGAUGGGGAGAAACUUUGGAGUCGAAUGGUGGCGAAGAAUGUGGUCCCAGAUAUUAGGUCUUACAAUGCAAGGCUUCUGGGAUUGGCUAAUGAGGGAAGGAUGAAUGAGGCCGUUGAAUGCUUUAACGAUUUGGGAAGUAAGAAGCUGAAGGCAGAUGUCUUUAGUUUUGGAGCUAUAAUUAGAGGCUACUAUUUAGAAGAUAAUCUGGAAGAGGUGAAGACAUGGUAUAGGAAGGUGAUCGAGAAUAAUUUUGCUCCGGAUAAAGGGAUUUUCUCAUAUGCGGUUUCCUUGGCUUGCAAAAAGGGCGACUAUGACUGGGGUUUUGAGAUUUGCCAGGAGAUAUUUAAGAGGAAAUGUAGUGUUGACGAACAGCUACUGCAGAAUGUUGUUGAUGGAUUGGUAAAGGAAUCAAGGAUUGAUGAUGCCAAGCAGAUGGCGGAAAUGGGGAAGUCCAACAACUACCGUCAGUAUGAUCUGAGAUUGCCUUCAUAA